UAUCUCCUUCGUCAUCACCAUCGUUGCUGUUUUCUAGUAAGUGUAUAAGUGUAUACUACGAAGUAAGUAAGUGUAUACUAUGACUAAACAACUUGCUUGCCCUAUUCGAUCCCGGCAGUUUUGUCAGUUUAGCUUAAGUUCGGUUAUUUUUGUUAAGUUCAGUUUGGUUAACGUUAUUGUUCAUGCUUUCGUUUUUUAAUUAAAUAUAUCAUUAUAAAUUAAAUACAGUUACCUCUUCACUUCCUAUUUCAUUGCAACUUCCCUAUUACAUUUGAAAUUUCACCGGACCUUGUGAAAUAGGAUUGAAAUAUAUAUUAAUGGAUAACUAACUUAAAAACGGCAAACCUUAGCCUUAAGGCAGCAAUUAGAAACAGUCAUCUUGGGACAUGUUUUAAUCACGGUUGACAAACUGUACCAAUCUGACAACUGAUAUCAAAACACACUAAUUAAAUUUAAUUAAUGAAUUAUAUUAAUUAUAUGUCGUAUUAUAUAUGAAUUAUAUACGUGUCGAAGUUGAGCAUGGAGACGGCGGUCUCCGAAAAACACGAAUGGCAUAAACAGUUUAGAACUUUGGGCUUAGAUGCUUUUUCCCAUGCCGCAGUAAUUAUAAACCGCAGUUUUUUGUGGCAAUGAAGAUAUUCACUCAUCGAUUCAAUUGGUGUCAGAUAUUGUACUUUUUAGUACGUAUGGACUUUAAAAAAGCUGGAUUAUAGCGCUAAACCUGGGUUAAAAUUUAACCUGCUGUUUUAGUUUCUGUAUUUCUGCACGUCUGUUUAUUUCAAAACUUUAGAGAAGAAAACUGCUACUGAUCAAGACAAUAUUUCUGAACAAAUAUUUUAAAACUUAUAAACAAGCUGAUAUGAAGUUUGCCUUGAAUUUUAAGUUAACCUAUAGGGUUAAGUUCAACGGCUUUUGAACAACCGGCCCCAGGGAACGUUUUUUAGCCGCUUGAAGCUAGUAAACGAAAUUGUAGUUUCGAUAAUUCUUAAAAUAUUUAAUAUGUCGUUACAUUUCAUAGAUCCUAAUUUCGGUUUUUUGAACUUUGAAUUCUUGGUGAUGGCACCGUUUGAUGGCUUUGAUCGGUUUUUAAAAACUUUACUUAUACAGACAAGGUUUCGGACAGAAAACAUUCAAUAUAAACGUUCAACGGCGGCGGCCAUGCAUGUUUCGAACACGGCUCAAUCAAAGUUUAGUGCGAGAUCAAACUCAUGGAAAUAGACAAUCAUCUGCCGAUCCAAAAUUAUAGGAAGAAUAGAAACACCGGAAAACGAUUGUGCGGGUCAAAAUACAUGUACAGCUUGGGAAACCUAAUUUGGUCAAGUAUAAGUCUGUGCAGAGUACGUGCAGUGGAAACCCAUAUAAUUAUAGAUAAUUAAUUAAUUAUUCCGCUUAGUACCCUGUACAAACGAAAUUACCACAUAAAAGCACUUGAAUAUAAGCUACUUUUUGUAGUUUUGGUACUUUGGAAAUUUCUUAAUUAAACUUUAUGAGCUAUUCAAGAUUUUUCAAAUUAAAUAUCAAGACAUGAUUCAAGACAUGAAUCAAGAAUGUUCGAUACUUUUGUUUGUGUCAUGCUUUGAGAGCAAUCUAACUUGCAUGGCAGGCGGUCCCUAAAAUCGGGCAAGCUUGGGAAAACCGCCUACUGGGUUUGGCAGUGUAACCGAAUUCCCCGUCCACCAGUGGACGGGAAUUGAUGAUUGGCUGCGAGUCUGAGCCGCUGUCACUCGAAAGUGAAUACACCUUAAUAUGUAACAUUAUACGUUUAAAUUAAUGAAUGCGUUCGCUUGUAAAUUUAAACUGAACGCUUCUCGAAAAUAAAGUCGAAACGCGAACUGAUUCUCAAACGCGAGCAAGAGAUAGCAGUUAAAGAUUUACUCUUUGGGAAGAAUGUUUUGGCCGUUCUACAGUAUGGGGAAAGCUUGAUUUUUAUAUUGUUCUUGUUGGCGUGAGAAAAUAUAACGAGAAUAAAUACAGAUGGCCAUAUAGUCUUUCUUGCAACGGAUUUAGCAAGACUACUACGCCUAUAGGUCUAUUAGCCGCUUCACUUUCUGAACUUUUUAAGGCUUUCUUUACCACAGGGCUUCGUUCGGGAGACGAGACAGUUAUUGGCAACUGGCGUUUUACAACGGUCUCUUUGUUCGAUACGUACACAGUAUCGUGUUAUACCUCGUUUGAUUAUAGCAAUCGCCAAUCAGUUCGCUUGCGUUUCGGAUCUUUCGCUCACACGGUUUACAAACUCGGUCGGAUAGUUCCGAGGAACUUCGAUUCCUAAAUGAACUGAACACAAUUCGGUCAAGGUUUUUCCACUUUCGUAAUCGUUUCUUUUGCUUGAUUUAAAUAAAUUCUCCGACGAUAUAUAAGAUCUAUUGCCCCAUAUUUUAGUUUCAAAGCACACCUACACAAACCACAGUGGUUAUUUUAUUUUCCGCGCUUUACUGCCUCUUGUCCUGAUUGAAACUUUCACUGGCGUUUCUUUCGACAUAUUUUAUAUUUGCAAUUUUGCGGCGAUUGUGUAAAUAACUAAGGCUUUACAUAUACCAAACAAUAACACAGUUUGAUUAUUAAUAUAUUUAGUGUUUGCUGAUUGGCUAAUUGGACUUGGACAAACCCAGCAGGCGGUAUUUUAGACCGCCUGCCAUGCAGGCUAAGAGCCAUCAGACAUCCCAUUAAAAGAUCAUGUUAACAAGAUUUCAUCGGUGUUCGUCUUAUUUCAACGGGAUAAAUAAUUGCCAAGAAAAUUAAAAACAAUGAAAAUCAAAAACAAACUCCAACAUAGAGAAAUAUGUACGUAACGCGUAUAUGCAUGAUUGUCUAGCCGAUAUCGAUAUUGUUUUGCACGUUGAUGAUAGAUGUUGUCUUCUGUCAGUUAGUGUUUACAUCAGAUAAGCUUUGCCAUGUAUUUUUAAAUUAUCUUUUACCUUGCUGACGACCAAUUAAAUUAAUGGGUGUAAUUUUGUUAUUUUUAGCUUAUGUGAACAAAGUACUGGCAUGUAUCCUGUGAACUAUGGAACUAAAGGAAACAUAACUCCUCGUACUCUCGCCGUGCCUUCAUAUGCACCGUCUUCUGUCAUGGGUUAUCAUUAUGGAGACGAAUACGUUUUUUAA